AUGGCGACAGCAUCCGUCGACUUUUCCUCGCUCCUGGCCGAGCUCGAGCAGCAGAGGGACCUGACCGAGAACAUGCGUGAGAGGUCAAAAGACCUCGACAAAGCCUUCCGCUCGCUCUCGAGCGUGCUGAACCGCGUGCACUCGACGCCCGGCGACCAAGUUCCACAGCUCGUCGAGAGCACUCAGCCCUACUUUGAGCAGUGCCGCAAGGCGAUUGCCUCGAUCAUCGAGCUGGUGCCCGCCAACCAGUACUACCGGUGGUGCGACGAGUGGACCUUCCACCUCAAGAACACGACGUUUGCAGCCUGCCUCGCCUACUUUCUCGGCACCGGCUAUCUCCUCUCCAAGGAGGAGGCGUGCUCGAUCCUCGGCAUCGAGCAGGCGCACUCGGACCGUUUCAUGCUUUCUACGGAAGAGUACCUGCACUCGCUGGUGUCGAUGAUCAACGAAAUGUCGCGAAUCGCCGUCAACAGCGUGACGCUUGGCGACUUUCAGACGCCCGUCCGGCUGUCGCGCUUUGUCAAGGAGCUCCACGCCGGCUUCCAGCUGCUCAACCUCAAGAACGACAGCCUCAGAAAGCGCUUUGACGGCAUCAAGUACGACAUCAAGAAGAUCGAGGAGAUUGUCUACGACAUCUCGCUCAGAGGCCUGGUGAAGCCGGCGGGCGAGCAGGACGCUGGAGGACACGGCGUGGGCGUCCGCGUCGACGACGAGCGAAGGCAGCACGUCCUCAAGGUGCUAUCCGGGCGGCAGUAG